GGACGGUUGAACGCCUAUGUUUAUAUUUACAUAAACCAUCGUAUGUUGUGAUAAAAUACAAAAAAAAAUCAAAGCUUUUACUUGUUUUCUCCAUAGUGUUUCAUUCUGAAUUUGGCUUUUAGAAAGGAUAAACGAAUAGAAUACAAUGAUUUAUUCGGAUUUUAUUUCUAGUAAGCUACCAUGUGCGAAAAUUCAUAAGGAUAUUUGAUAAUUGAUUGCUUCACUUUUUAAUUACCAUUACUUCAUGUUAAAGGGUUUAAUGGUAAAAUUUUGUGCAUGUAAAUGUAAGCGUAAAAUGUUAUAUAAAAGAUUGUUUUAAGUUCCUUACAAUUUCUGCAUGGUUGAAUUAAUCUAAACAUGGAAACGUCUUUGAAUGUAUUUCAGUGACUGUUUCGAAAAUGUUCUGGAGUAAGGUUUUCGGUGGAGUAAUCAAUUCCGUUUGCUAGCAAAUCCUACAUAAUAAGUCUGACAUAUCUAUUUUUUUUGUUACUGAAAUUGUCAAUUCAAAGGAUAUGCGAAAUUUCCAAAUGAUAAACAAGAACUUUCGAUUACAUUUCGACGUUUAAAGUCCAACAUAUUUCCGGUAAAUUUCGGCUGAAUUGUUGCGUUUUUAAAGAACAAAAUGUCUGCUAUUUCACACGGCGCCGGCAAUGUAUCACCGUCGGAUUCUGACACGGCUGAAGCAUUUGUAUUGUGUGUUAUCAUAGCAUUCAGCAUAAUCGGAAAUACCUCUCUCUGGUUUGUUGUACUAAGGUCUCGAUCCUUGAGGAAUAUUACCAACAUGUUCAUUCUGGGUCUCUCUGCAGCAGAUCUUCUCGUGGCAACAGUAAACAUGCCUCUUACCGUAGUCACCAUCAUCAAGGGCUACUGGAUGCUGUCUAACACCGCCUGUGUUGCUGUUGGUUUCCUCAACAUGCUCACUCUUGUAACAAGCGUAUUGUCCCUUUGCAACAUUUCAAUCAAUAGAUUCUUCAUGGUGUGUCGCCCCAGCAAGUUCAAGGACAUUUAUACUACCAGAAAUGCAAUUCUUAUGAUAGUUGCAACCGUGACAUGUGCCGUACUUUUGUCGUCCCCGCCUCUUUUAGGUUGGUCAGAGUAUGUUUACACGCCUACUCACUCAUUCUGUUUUGCCGAUUGGGUGAAUUACCAAUCUUACGCCUACUUUAUGAUUGGGUGUUGCUUUGGAAUACCUUUUGCUGUCAUGACAUUUUGCAACAUAUGUAUUAUACGAUCAGUAAGAGAAAGCAGAAGGAAAGUCAAGACCACAUACAGAGCUACGAUCUCUUCGACUGUGAACAGUACGUAUGACUGUGAACCCCCAAAGGACAACGAUGGACAAAAUGUGAACAAUUCAAAGCAAAACACACCCUCUGUUACCGCUCAAACGGAAGUAGUAUAUAAUAACAAUAACACGACAAUCAGUGACACAAUAAAUGCGGAUGAUGAACAUGUUGAUAUUCAUUUAGAAAUACCUAAAUACGAUGCUCAAAAUACAGAUCAAAAACAAAGUGAUAAACGUCCAUUACAUGAUGCUCUAUCAGACGAUUCGUCGAGCGAAUCAAAUUCCGCAUUAAUUAAACAACAAGGAAGGAAUAGUCAACGACGAAAUAAACUAUUUGAAGACGGAACUCAAAGUAAGGAAAAGGUGAAAUCAUUUCACCGACAAACAAAUUCUGAAUCAAACAGGAAUCAAAAUAAUGUUGAUAACAAUUUAUUACAUCCCAGCUGGAAAAGAAAAAGUGUGUCUGAACUCUCAAAAGAAUCCGCAUCAGCGAUAGAUUCAGGGACUGAAACGGAUACUGAGAAAAAGUUUGCGGCAAACAAAUCCAAGAAUGAUACUUCAGUUCAAUUACGAUCUCCAAAAAAGAUCAGAAGACGAGAGGAGAUACGGCUAGCGUUUUCGUUGAUAAUAGUUGUUGUCUUGUUUGUUAUAUGUUGGUUACCGUACUGCAUUAGCAUGCUGUUGUCCAUAUACAUUCCUGAUUUAGUCCCGAGAGAGUUUCAUAUGUUUACAUUACUUAUUGGGUACGCAAACAGUGGUUGUAACCCGGUAGUGUACGGACUUAUGAAUCAAAGAUUUAAGGUUGGAUUUAAACGAUUGUUCUGCUUUUGGAAAUCACAUGUGUUCACAUUGAGCAGUAGUAACUCAUAAUUGCUCUUCAACUUUGUAAGUUUGAAUCCCGCUAUGGAUGUUGGAUUCUUUCAUGUGAGAAAGCUAUCGACCAAGUUGUUGGUUCUACUCGAAUGCCCUUCCGUGUAU